CAGCCGCGACAGAGGCAAAACGAGCUCUUUCGCCCGUUAUGGUUCUAGACCGACGACGACCACCAUAAUCCAACGGCUCAGAUCAGCGCUCCAGUAAACCGGCGGAAGAUUCCAUAGGCACACAUUAGCAAAUCUCUAUACUGCGCCACCUCUGACGACGAAAUCAGUGGGAAAGAAGCCAACGUCUCUUGCUUUCUCUCAAAUUCCCAUCACCAGAGUCGUUGCGUACAUGGCGGAAAAUUAGGGUUUUAAAGCGUUUCCCUCCCUUCUCCUAGCCUUCAAUGUGAGAUAUCGAGCAAUGAUUUCUAGGGUUUAUGAGUGGAGUUACAGGGAAUGUUUCUCUGAUCGAGAGAUCUCCGGAUUCAAAUCAUCUCCUUCGAUUGUAUAUUUGUUAGAUUUUCUGAUGAACUAUGUUAAAGACGAGUUCUCUAGGAAGUGUGGGUAUGCAGUCUUACUAGAUGCCAAGCUAUGUUGAUCCUCUCCAUGGUCUAUUUCACUCUGCUCGGAGAUGUUGCAUUUUUAUGAGGGAAUGGAUUUGCAGCUCGAUUUUGAGACAUCUCCAGGACCUGAUUGGGAUACCAGUCAGGGACAGGAUCUCUCUUUUUAAGUUUGCUGAAGAAGAGGCAAGUCUUUCUUCAUUAACUAUGGAUACUCCCAUAGAUAUUAGUUCUUCAGACAGCGAAAAUGAAGCAGAAGUUGGACCUUCAUCAUUUCCACCGGGGCCAUUUGCAUCUGCUAAUUUCAGGGAGCUUCCAUCAUGGGCUGACAUAUCCAGUUCAAAUCCAAAAAGUUCUGGUGUAUCAUCUCAGAACCUGAUGUUUCCCACUACAAAAUCUGCUUUCAAUUCCAGUAGUAAUGGUUGGCAGCCACAUGAAAGAGUGAGGAUGCCAAUGGAGUUUGAGGUAGGAACUCGCCCUGAUUUUUUGGAUGAGGGAUUACAAGAAAAGUCUCAGUAUGAUCCUAGGACCAGACUCUAUCCAGGUCAUACCGAAUCAAAAGCUUCAUUGGAAACUGGAGGCGGGGAAAAUGACGAUGAAGUCAUUAUUUACGAAAACGCCAGUACAAGGAGGUUCCUACCUACAUCUUUGAUGCAUGGAAAGUCUGUUGCUGUUUCACAGCCUGCUGUUUUAAGUGAUGCUGCACAUCAUGCUGCAGUAGGAGAGGAAAGGCCUAUGGACAGUGAUGAGCGACUGAUUUUUCAAGCAGCAUUACAGGAUCUUUCUCAGCCAAAAGUAGAAGCCUCAUUACCCGAGGGUCUUCUGGCAGUUCCGCUUUUAAGGCACCAGAAAAUUGCCUUGCAUUGGAUGCUUCAGAAGGAAGCAGCAACUUUGCACUGUUUAGGUGGAAUUCUUGCAGAUGAUCAGGGCCUUGGUAAGACUAUAUCAAUGAUUGCCCUUAUACAAAUGCAGAGGCCUCUGCAGUCCAACUCAACUUCUGAUGACUCAUUCCGUUUUAAUACCGAGGCCUUGAAUCUGGAUGAGGAUGAUGGAAGUGUCACCGAAUUGGAGAAGGUAAAGCAGAUUGGAGUAUUUGAUAAUUUUAGAAGGAUGCAAAUGGCCAGUACCACAAUGCCUGCACCACGCAAGGGAAGGCCAGCUGCUGGUACUUUGGUUGUUUGCCCAGCAAGUGUUCUUCGCCAAUGGGCUCGAGAACUGGAUGAAAAGGUUAGCGAGAGUUCCAAGCUUUCUGUUUUAAUCUAUCACGGGGGUAGCCGAACCAGGGAUCCUGUUGAGCUAGCUAAAUAUGAUGUUGUUCUCACUACGUAUGCAAUAGUAACUAAUGAAGUUCCAAAGCAACCUCUGGCUGACGAGGAUGAUGAAGAACAGCGAAAUAUGGAGAAGUAUGGGAUAUCUUCAGAAUUUUCCACCAACAAAAAAAGGAAAAAGAAUUCAAAUGCAGGUAAGAAAGGGAAGAAGAACAAGAACGGAAUUGACAGUUCUGCUCUUGAUUAUGACAGUGGCCCACUUGCAAGGGUUGGUUGGUUUAGGGUGGUGCUUGAUGAAGCUCAAACUAUAAAAAAUCAUAGGACUCAGGUGGCUAGAGCCUGUUGUGGUCUUCGAGCCAAGCGAAGGUGGUGCUUAUCUGGAACGCCAAUACAAAAUGCAAUCGAUGAUCUGUACAGCUACUUCAGAUUUCUUAAAUAUGAGCCUUAUGCUGUUUAUAAAUCCUUCUGUUCAUCAAUAAAACAUCCAAUAUCUAGAAAUGCAAGCUAUGGCUAUAAGAAGCUUCAAGCAGUCCUCAAGAAUAUAAUGCUGCGGCGCACAAAAGGCACACUUAUUGAUGGAGAACCAAUUAUUCAGUUGCCACCAAAAUCAAUAUUUUUGAAGAAGGUAGACUUCUCCACAGAAGAACGGUCCUUCUAUUCCAGGCUUGAAGCUGAUUCCCGUUCACAGUUCAAGGCAUAUGCAGCUGCUGGGACCGUAAAGCAAAACUAUGCAAAUAUUUUGUUGAUGCUUUUGCGUCUCCGUCAAGCAUGUGAUCACCCCCUUCUUGUUAAAGGAUUUCAUUCUGAUCCUGUUGGAAAAGAUUCCUUGGAGAUGGCGAGGAAACUCCCAAGGGAAAUGCGGAUCAAUUUACUGAAUCUCUUGGAAGCUUCUUUGGCAAUUUGUGGUGUAUGCAGCGACCCACCUGAGGAUGCUGUUGUUACAAUGUGCGGUCAUGUCUUCUGCUACCAAUGUGUAUCCUUGUAUUUAACAGGCGAUGACAAUUUAUGCCCCGCAGCGGGCUGCAGAGAGCAGCUUGGUACCGAUGUAGUUUUCUCUGGAGCUACUCUCAGGAGCUGUAUUUCUGAUGAGGUUAAUGGUAAUGCUACAAGUUCUUCUGGAACCGCCGAGGACUUUGCAGUUGGGCACAAUGUUUCUACUUCUUCUAAAAUUAGAGCCACUCUGGAGAUUCUGCUUUCGCUUGGUAAAUCAAAGUAUCCAAGUUCUGCAGUUAGUUCCAAGGGACACAAUGAAAUUGGUUUUUCUCCAGAAAGCACUAGCUACGGUUUCUUGGAGGAUUGUUACUCGGAUUUGCAUUCUAAAACAGACAGAAGUAUGGAUUCUAGAUUGCAGUCCGAACUGCCAGACAAAGCUAUUGUUUUCUCCCAGUGGACUGGCAUGUUGGACUUACUUGAGAUUUCGUUGAACAACUCGUGCAUACAAUAUAGAAGACUUGAUGGAACGAUGUCCCUGGUUGCAAGGGACAGGGCUCUGAAAGAUUUCUCCACCGAUCCAGAGGUGACUGUUAUGAUCAUGUCGCUGAAAGCCGGAAAUCUUGGUCUAAACAUGGUUUCCGCCUGUCAUGUUAUUCUUCUGGAUCUUUGGUGGAAUCCGACUACCGAAGAUCAAGCAGUUGACAGGGCUCAUCGAAUUGGGCAGACUCGUCCAGUGACCGUUUCAAGGUUAACUAUUAAAGAUACAGUGGAAGAUCGAAUAUUAGCUCUCCAGGAAGAGAAGAGGAAAAUGGUUUCGUCCGCAUUUGGAGAGGACCAAACAGGGAACUUUGCGACUCGGCUGACGGUUGAAGAUUUGAGAUACCUAUUUAUGGUUUGAACGCGGCUUGUAAAAUGUAAUUCAUAUAAAUCUUAUGGUAGAAUCAGAGUUACUGAGGCCAGAGGGCAAAGGUAAUUAUUUUGCUUCAUGUGAAAUGCACAGAUUAAAUGAGGCAAACUGACUGUAAAUGCAUGAAUUUUUGAUAGGCCUAACUCCUUGUUCACACCA